AUGUCAUAUCGAGAAAUUCGAAAUAUGGUUGAGAUGUUACGAGCAUUAGGAUAUCCUCGAUUAGUGUCAAUGGAAAAUUUUCGAAUACCAAAUUUUAAACUAGUUGCAGAACUUCUUUUAUGGAUUCUUGCAAGAUAUGAUCCAAAUAGUACAUUAUCACUUGCUAUAGAUACAGAAAAUGAAAGAAUCAUUUUUAUCAAAUCAGCAGUUUUGGCUUUAGCACAAAAAGCACGUUUGAAAUUGAACCCAAAAAAACUCUAUCAAGCGGAUGGAUAUGCGGCACAAGAAUUGGCUGUGGCAGUGCGUAAUUUGUAUGAAUUGACAAAGCAGCCAGUUGAUCACGAUUUUAGUUCAGCCGAAGAACGAGCCAAAGCAUUAUCAUUUUCGCUUAAUAUAACUGAAGCCGAAAAAGCUGUAAGAGAAGGAACUGAAGAAGAAAUAGCAAAAAUCAGUGGUAACCUGGCUAAUAUAGCAAAUGAUGAGGCUGCUCUCGACGUGAAAAUAGAACGCAAACAACGCGAAUUUGAUCAACAACAAAAACGCCUUGCUAAACUUCAAAAUUUUCGACCACAACAUAUGGAUGAGUAUGAAAAAUACGAAAAUAAACUUAAAGAACUUUAUUCAAUCUAUGUUUUAAAAUUCCGUAAUGUUUCUUAUCUGAAGCAAUUACAAAAAGAAUUUAAUAAAAUUGAAAAACAAAAAAAUAUCGAAGCCGAGCAAAAUAUGCGACAAACCGUUGAACGUAUGCGAGCACAAGAAAAUAAUUUUCGAAAUCAACAAAUCGAUGCGCUUGGCGACGAGAGAACGCCACCUGACACGUCUAAAAGCGCAAGAAGAGUGUACGGUAGUAUGACGGGUGCUGGUUUAACUGAUGAAGAUAACGAUGAUGAUGAUGAUGAUGAUGAUGAUGACGAGGACGAAGUCGAUGAUGUUGAUAAUAAUGAUACUACUGAUAAUAUUGAUAAUGAUGAUGGUAAGGUUCGUUCGACAGCAAAAAUGAAAAGAAAUCGCAAAAAAAAUAUUUCAAACGAAACUGACGAAAGUGAAGAAAAAUACGAAAUGAAUAGCGAAGAUGGUUUUUAA